AUCACCGUCGGCUACACCAUCACCGCCUCCAUAAGCAUCGUGGCGGUGAAGAGAUCGAAUUGCUUCCACAAGGAAGGGCACGGGGCGGACAAGUGCCACGUGUCGAACACGCCGUACAUGGCGAUCUUCGGGUGCAUCCAGUUGGUGCUUAGCCAGAUCCCAAACUUCCACAAGCUGUCGUGGCUCUCCAUUCUGGCGGCCGUCAUGUCUUUCGCCUACUCCAUUAUUGGGCUGGGCCUCUCCGUCGCCACCGUUGCAGGAGGCGACCGGAAGGGAGUCCGGACGACGUUGACGGGAGUGACG